AUGGUGUCCUCGUCGGUUUUCCUUAUUUUUCUGGCGCAGUUGUCAUUCUCUGUCGAUAUUCAGCGAGGUCCUGAAAAUCCGUAUGCGGAGACGUCAAAAUGUGAACUUAUUCGUAUUCCUGCCUGCCAGGGACUACCCUACAAUAACACUAUUCUACCCAAUAUCAUGGGACAUACUUCCCAAGAAGAGGCCGGCCAGGAUGUUACUCAAUACAACUCACUUGUUAAGAUACCAUGCAGUCCAUCAUUAAAGUUGUUCUUGUGCUCCCUCUACUUCCCCGUGUGCACUCAGUUACACAAGCCCCUGCCGCCAUGCCGUUCGCUUUGUGAACAAAAUCGCCAACGAUGUGAGCCAAUCAUGCGAUCGUUUAGCUUUCAGUGGCCAGCGAGUAUGCAAUGUGAAAAUUUCCCUGAAAAUGGGUUAUGCGUUUCCGAGGACAAGCCUGAAACCAAAGAAACGGUUGAAGCGUCGUUCGAAUGCCCCGAGGAAAUGCGAGUGCCCUCUAGCUUUGAAUUUCGUAUUCGUUUGAACAACAAACAAGUGAUACCCAACUGUGGAAUACCAUGCAAUCGCCAUUUCUUCAGCCAAUCGAAACGGAUUAAAUUUUCGCGCCUCUGGAUUGGACUGUGGAGCGGACUUUGUGCUGCAUCAAGUCUUUUUACCAUUUUGACCUUCUUCAUUGACAUGAAUCGCUUCCAAUAUCCGGAACGGCCAAUUAUUUUCCUCUCCAUGUGCUAUUUUAUGGUUGCUGUCACGUAUAUCACUGGAUUAUCUCUAGGUGAUAAGAUCUCAUGCGCCGGACCCUUUCCACCACCCAAUAUUGAUCAUACGAUCGGCACCAACCUAGCCGCCUCUCUGCCCGGAAAGAGUUCCAGCUCCUCAGUCAACUCCUACCCUCUCCUCAUUACUCAGGGGACAAAGUUCGAGGGCUGUACCAUCCUCUUCAUGAUGCUCUACUUCUUCUCCAUGGCCGGUCACAUCUGGUGGGUGGUGCUCACCGUCACGUGGUACCUAGCGGCGCGGUGCCACUGGGCUCAUGAAGCCAUCUUCCGUAACGCUCAGUACCUUCAUUUCGCUGCGUGGGCAAUCCCAGCCGCCAUGACAAUCUGCAUCCUCGCCAUGGGCAAAGUAGACGGCGAUCCCUUGUCCGGGGUCUGUUUCACUGGACUCACUGAUCCUACGAUCGUGCGCUACUUCCUGAUCGCGCCUCUCUGCUUGUGUCUCCUCGUGGGCAUCUGUUUCCUCGUCGCGGGCUUUGUCUCGCUCUUCAAAAUCCGCACCAUCAUCAAGACCGGCGGUUCCAAGACCAACGACCUCGAGAAAUUGAUCUUCCGCAUCGGGGUAUUCAGUCUGCUGUACCUCCUGCCGGCGGCCGUUGUGAUCGCCUGUUACAUCUACGAGUCGCAGAAGAUGGAUGCGUGGAUGCUUACGUGGUACACGAAUGAGGUCUGUCGGAACUUCGACCUGCGCAAGGUCGCCGGUUCGACUAAGUGCAUCGCCCAGUUGCACCAGCUCCUGGAGUCGCGUGUUGCCGACAGCGGACCGGACAUCUUCGAUCGGCUGGACAACCCCACGUUUGAGCUCUUCAUGAUCAAGUACCUCAUGACGCUGAUUGUGGGCAUCACCAGUGGCAUCUGGAUUUGGAGUUCGAAGACCCUGCACUCCUGGCACGUGUUCUUCGCCCGUCUCUGCCGCUGUCCGCUGCCCGCGUCGCCUCAAACAAGGCGGCCAACUGGGGGUAUGGGACGUGUCCUGCCGCCACCGACAAUGAAACCGCAGCAGCUCCUUCCGGCCAAGCCCCAACAGCCUCAGCAGCGACUCAUGAUGGCAGAAAUUGGCGGUUCUGGGGGCUGGUCAAGGGGAGCUCCGUCUGGAGCCACAACCGAGGGUGGAGCCACCCAGCCGGGCAACUUCAAUUGGCCACAAAACUGGCAACUAGGUGACCACGGCGCCACCGCCUCCGGCAAUGCUCCGCCAAUGAAUUACUUCGAACACGCCCAAUUGCAGUAG